CACUCCACCUCCACAACCUCUGCUCCUCCGUCUCUCGCUGAACACACUUCUCUCCCAUCUCUUGCCUCUCGGGCAUAUCCAACGAGUCUUUCGUUCCUCUUCUCUUGCACCGCUUUCGUUUUGGUGCUCUCUCGUAGUUUUCCCCCUGCCUUUCGUUUUGCACCCUCGCUGCCGAACCGAAACAUCUGUUGAUUGCUUCCCCGGAGCCCCUAACGAUAGCCACACCUUGCCUCACUUCUCCCCGACACUCGACUCACGACUUCUUUCGCUGGCCCUCAACCCAACCCUUCCAUACACCCGACAUCGUCCAUCCCCAGAGCACAGCAACGUUCGAUACUGCGUGAUCCGGGGGCACCAGGCAGAUCAACAAAAGGCCGCAGAAGCCCGGAGGGAGGGAAGGACGCCUCGUCUCCCACACCAUGGCGGCCAACAAUCGAAUGUCCAUGUACUCGCUGGCCUCCUCUCAUGGGGCCCCGAGGAUCGUGAAUUCGGCCAUCCAGCAGUCAACGCAGGUCUCAACCACCACCCUUCUGAAUGCCGUCCACACCAUCUACACCUCCGGUCAACCUUACCAGCUGGAUGCCAGCACCAGCUUGGUGGUCAACACCUGGCUGACGGCCUCACAACCAGAUCAUGAGGGCAGGACUGGAGGGACGGUGGACGCCGCAUUGGCUGUCCGAGCCUGGGAGCAUGCGAGGCGCCGUGCGGAGGAUGGCUGUAUCGUCUUAGGCUCUCUGCACCCCUCGACACCUUCAGUUCUGGCCCCUUUCCUUCAGACGCUUCCCCUCUCUAUUCCAGAAUCACUAUAUACCGCUCUCUCAGCGCUUCGACCCUUCAUCCACACCGUUUCUCCCCAAAACCAUUCCACUCCUCGACAGUCCGCUCUUGGUGUGACCCUCACCCUUACACUCGCCGGAAAUCUGUCCGCUGCAUCAUUGGCCUUGUCCCAGGGCGGCAUUGACACCUCCCGGGGACUGCUGAACAUCCCAGCAGAGGCAGGCUACCGAGCUUUCGACGUCUUCUACUACCUCCUUACGUCCGCUUCGACCCCCGCCGAACGAGAGUUCUUGGGGCUGAAACAUGCCUCCAACUAUUCCCUCCUUUCAAAAUCAGGCACGUAUGAUCCACCAUCGUAUCUCCCAACUGGAGAUGAUGCUGCGAAUGCCGAUGACUUCCGUGCCUCCCUGAAGGCAAUUGGGAUCAAGGGAGCGGCCCACCGUAAUUUAAUAUCCGUGUUGGCUGGAUUGUUGAAGCUGGGUGACACGCUAAGCUUUAUCAUGGACCAGGAUGCUCUCGAGGAAGUCUGCGAGGAUGUGGGUGGGCUACUAGGACUCGAGCCCGAGGUCCUAGCGAGCCAGUGCUCGACAUCCGAGCGGGAGACCCUGAUCGGCGGACUCUACGAGGCACUAGUAGACUGGGUUAUCCUCAAGGCUAAUGAAGCAAUUGCUAGUGAGAUGCUCAAAAUCAGAGACGGCGACUCCUCGAGCGAAGGCGGACCUGGUGCAAGGACUCCAAACACCGAGGAAGAUGAUGCGGAUACCGUCUGCAUAACGGUUCUAGAAAUCCCCGAUCCGACACUGGGCAAGGCGGCAGCCAUGCGUGGUGUCUUUGAUGAUACCCAGGGCAUCAACUCGGAGAUGAAGGAAGAUGGCGUUGACGUUGUCGCCGCUGGCUCUUCCGUCCUGCGCGAGAUGCAAAAUGCCGUGGCCGAAGUGGCCCCUGAUCUUGGUAUCAUGACUGGCCCUUCCGGACGGGACCGUGAGCACGAGCGCGAACGGCGUGAGGCUGUCUUGGAGAAGGUCGGACGAGAAGGGGAGGACGAGGGUUUCUUGAAGCAGAUCCUCUUCCCUGUCGAGGGGCAAGGGGUGAACUUGGGACGUGAGGGACGCAUCGACCUGCCACAUGUUCUCGGGAGCAGCCGUGUAUGGUACCAUUUAUCAAUUCACCCCACGGAUGACUCGCCUGCUAGCCUAGCUGCGCUCCCGUCGACGACCUCGGCAUGGUCCGCAGGCACAGUCUCGCGGCAACUCCGCGCAUGGCGAUUGCCUGAAUGGGCGAAUCGCCGCAACAAGCACCUAGACUUCACCGCCGACUUCGACCACGAUGAGUUCUGCCAGCGCUACGCCCCGCUCGGCUGUAAAGAUGGCAGAGACGGCAUCGAGAGUUGGCUCAUGGAACGGGGUUGGAGCAAUGGUGAGGUGGUCGUUGGUACGGAACGCAUAUGGAUGCGUGAGAAUGCGUGGUGGGAGGCGGAGAGGAUGCUUGAUCUGAAGCCCUCAAACGAUGCAUUUGUCGGUCUGGGAAGCAUGAUUGGAGGCGAAAACAACAUGGAGACGUCGGGCUAUCCUGCCGCUGCGCCGGCUCCGAAUGCAAGUGGCUUCUUCGUCCCCCCGAACGAUUUGACACCUCAGGGAAGCAGAGAUAAUCUCCUUCCGCGCCAGAGCACCAUGGGCCGUAGUGCGCUGGGUGCUCGGUCAACCGCUCCGUCCAGAAUUAUCAGUAAUGGGGAUUACGGCCUUGGUUUCAAAGGCGACGAUAUGAAGGGCCGCGGAUAUUACAGUGAGAUGGAUGAGAUCAUCGCCAGCAUGGAUCCUGAGAUGGCCGAGCCGAAGACGAUCACCACGGAGAAAGUUACUCCUAGUCGUCGUAUCUGGGUGGCGGUCGUGUGGGCAUUGACUUGGUGGAUCCCUUCGUUCGUUCUCCGCUAUGUUGGCCGCAUGAAGCGUCCAGACGUUCGAAUGGCGUGGAGAGAGAAGAUCGUUCUAGUUUUCAUCAUCGCUCUGAUCAACGCUAUCGUUAUCUUCUGGAUCGUCGAAUUCGGUAGGUUAUUAUGCCCAAAUUCUGACAAGGCCUGGGAUCAAAACCAGGUGGCCACUCAUCAGGGAGAUGCCGAUUUCUGGGUCAGCAUCCGCGGAAAGGUUUACGACAUUUCAAAGUUCUGGAAGUUGCAACACAGCGACACGGUCAUCCAGACGACGAAGGAAAACAUGCAGCCUUUCGCUGGGAUGAAUCUCGACGAGUACUUUGUCCCGCCUCUUACUGUAUCCUGUCCUGGCCUGGUUACCGAUGAUACUUUGACUCUUCUUGCCAAUACAUCUGUCCUCUACCCCGAGGGGGUCCAUACUUCAGGGCCUCUGCAACCGUACAAGAACAGUAAGCUACACAACAUCAACUGGUACGCCCAAGACUUCCUCCCCCGGAUCAAAGAGUACUAUCAUGGAGAGCUUGUGACCAAGGCGGGCACCGUCAAGGCCGACGGCCAGAACAAUAAUCAUCCUUGGUUCAUCCUGAAUGGCAAGAUCUACGACCUCACCGACUACUUCUACACAUUGAAGACCGAGGGAAACCUAGCCAGGUACAAUUUUAUCGACAGUUCGGUCCAGACAAUGAUCCAGAACAACCCCGGCCUUGAUAUCACGGAUACGUGGAACUCGAAUUACUUGGCCGCCAAUGGAAGCCAGCAGGUUGUUCUUGACAAUACAUUGAACUGUUUCAACAAUGCUUUCUACAUUGGUAUUCCCGACUUCCGAGACUCUGCCAGGUGCCAGGUCAACAAUUACAUCCUGCUCGCCUUCACAAUUCUCCUGUGUGCCGUCAUCGGGACCAAGUUCGUCGCGGCUCUGCAAUUCGGCUCCAAGCGCCGUCCAGCCCCCCAGGACAAGUUCGUCAUCUGUCAAGUCCCUGCCUAUACCGAGGGCGAAGAUUCACUACGGAAAGCACUGGAUUCCUUGACGGCUCUCCAAUACGACAACAAGAGGAAGCUGAUCUGCGUUAUUUGCGACGGCAUGAUCGUCGGAGGUGGCAAUGACCGGCCCACCCCAAAGAUCGUUCUGGAUAUUCUUGGGGUCGACCCGAAGAUUGACCCUCCGGCGUUGCCCUUCAAGUCGGUUGGAGAGAGUAGCGACCAGCUGAACUAUGGCAAAGUCUACUCUGGUCUCUAUGAAUUCGAAGGAAACGUCGUGCCAUACAUUGUGGUAGUAAAGGUUGGCAAGGAAUCCGAACAGUCGAAGUCUAAGCCUGGAAAUCGUGGAAAACGAGACUCCCAGGUCUUGCUCCUGAACUUCCUUAACCGUGUCCACCACCGAGCACCCAUGUCGCCACUCGAGCUGGAGAUGUUCCACCAGAUCAACAACAUCAUUGGUGUUGACCCCGAACUCUAUGAAUACCUUCUCAUGGUCGACGCCGAUACUAGCGUCAGAGAGGACUCUCUGAAUCGUCUCGUGGCUGCUUGUGCAAAUAAUGCCAAGAUUGCUGGUAUCUGCGGUGAAACCAGUCUGGAGAACGAGGAGCGGUCUUGGUGGACCAUGAUCCAGGUUUACGAAUACUUCAUUUCCCAUCAUCUAGCAAAGGCUUUCGAGUCGCUCUUCGGCAGUGUUACCUGUUUGCCUGGUUGUUUCUCCAUGUAUCGUCUGCGCACUGCUGACAAAGGCAAACCCUUGAUCAUCUCGGACGCUCUGAUCAAUGAAUACAGCGAUUGUGUUGUCGAUACUCUGCACAAGAAGAACCUCCUGUCCUUGGGUGAAGAUCGAUACCUCACGACGCUAAUGACCAAGCACUUCCCCUACAUGUCCUACAAAUUCAUUCCUGAUGCGUACGCAAAGACUGCCGCACCUGAGGAGUGGAACGUUCUCCUGUCCCAGAGAAGAAGAUGGAUCAACUCCACCAUCCAUAACCUGGCCGAGUUGGUCUGGUUGAAAGAGAUGUGCGGAUUCUGCUGUUUUAGUAUGAGAUUUGUCGUCUUCAUUGAUCUUUUCGGAACCCUCAUCCUCCCGGCGACUUGCGGAUAUCUUGGGUACCUCAUCUACCGGGUUGCGACCCACUCAGGCCAAUUCCCCUUGAUCUCAAUUAUCAUGAUCGCCGCCGUAUAUGGUCUUCAGGCGGCUAUCUUUAUACUCAAGCGGCAGUGGCAGCACGUUGGAUGGAUGAUCAUCUAUCUCAUAGCCUUCCCCAUCUACUCGUUCGUCCUCCCUAUCUACUCCUUCUGGAAUCAAGACAACUUCACGUGGGGUAACACCCGUAUCGUUAUUGGCGAGAAGGGGAACAAGCAAGUCGUCGCCGUCGAUGAUGAAGGCUUCGACCCUCGCAGCAUCCCUCUCCAACGCUGGGACGACUACGCUCUAGCCAACAACCUCCCAGGCCGCCGUGGCGUCCCGAUCGAGAAGGCCUACGAUAGCUUUGACGACACCUACGAGAUGGACGACAUGAAGUCCAUGUACUCGUCUGUGAAGCCUGCCUCCACAAUCCUCACCGGUUUCCCCGGUCGGGGGUCCUACAUGCCACCCAACUCCCCCGGCUUUGGCGGACCACGGCAAUCCGGUGUCUCGCCGUAUGGCCAGUACAAUGACUCUCCAGGAACCCGUCACCAAUCCUUCAUGUCCCUCGGUGCCGGACAGCAAGAUCGCUCUGCGUCGCCGUACCAAGACCACCCACAAUCGCACCGUCCAAGCAUGGUCAUGGCGCCAUCCAGCGAGAACCUCUUGGGGCCGAACUCUCCAAAUCCAUUCCACUCGCGAUCGCAGAGCCAGAUCGGCUACACGGGCGGUGCACGCACGCCUAUUGGAUUCGGGGCAGCUUCCCGUCCUGUGAGCCAGUUUGAUUUCCAGCGCGGCAACAGCGGACCAGACGACAUGAUGAUCGUCGAGGCCAUCCAGAGCUGUCUCCGCGAGGUUGAUCUGGACACGGUGACGAAGAAGCAAGUGCGCGCGUUAGUGGAACAAAGAUUGCAGACGGAGCUGGUGGGCGAGCGCCGCACAUUCCUCGACCGGAUGAUCGACCAGGAGCUAGCCAAUAUGUAG